GACUCCACCCUGGGACAGGAUUGGUUGGACACGUUUCCUCUUCCACCUCCACUCAGGGAUAACUUCAGGUCCUUGUGUCUGGAGACUGGCAUUGCAGGGGCAGGUUUCAGGGCCUCGCACCUCCCUUCUCCACGUUCCUGCCCCCUGGGUCGCUCUGCAGGUAAAGAACAUGGAGAAGCUGCAGCUUUGGCUCUUUGUCCUCGCUGGCCUCUCGGGAGCCAUCACCCAGGAAGACCUGUAUCGAAAGGUGUUUGUCUUCCGGAAGGACCCUAGUGACGCCCAUGUGAUCGUGAAGCCGGAGCCAGAGCAGCCACUGCAGAACUUCACUGUGUGUCUGAGAUCCUUCACUGAUCUGACUCGUCCAUACGGCCUCUUCUCCUACGCUACCAAAGCCCAGGACAACGAGAUCCUGCUCUUCAAACCCAAGCCUGGGGAGUACAGACUAUACGUGGGGGGGGAAUUUGUGACCUUCAGAGUCCCAGAGAACCGUAUGGACUGGGAGCAUGUCUGUGCCGGCUGGGAAUCGACCACGGGCAUAGCUGAGUUCUGGGUGAACGGGAAGCCCUUACCCAGGAAGGGUCUGCGGAAAGGCUAUUCCGUCAGUGCCGAGGCUGUGAUCAUCCUGGGGCAGGAGCAGGACUCCUUCGGGGGUGGGUUUGAUUUAUAUAAUUCUUUUACAGGUGAAAUGACUGACGUGUACAUGUGGGGGUAUGGUCUGUCACCAGGCAAAAUGAGAGCUGCAUAUCAGUCUCUGCAGCUGCCUCCCAGUGCCCUGGGCUGGAGGAACUUGCAGUAUGAAAUAAAAGGUGAUGUGGCUGUGAAGCCCAGACUGAGAGACACGCUGAUCAUAUGAGCACAGGCUGCAUUCAGGCAUGGUGCAGCCUCAGCCCAAAGUCAUGGAGCUCCAACUCCUGCCGUCUCAUUUCAGAGAGGCUGACCCCGCCCCAAGGUGUGCUCGCUGCGGCUAAACCAUGAUGAUUGUGACAUAAAGGAGAAUGUGACCUUCU